ACGUCCUCCUAAUGGGAGCAUAAAUAUCUUUGGAGGAUCUCUACAUAGAGAUCUUGGUCUAUUGAAGGGAGGAAUCAACGCUUGUAGUCAGUUCAAGAAAUCAACGAGGAUUUAGAGUUUGUGGUCGAGGAGAGGGGAGGUCGUUCGUGGUUGAAGAAGAACUGAAUAUGGUUUUGGGAGACUAUGCAGACUUUUUGUGUGGUUAGGUGGGGUCAUAGAAUGGGUACCAAUUAUUAGAUAUGUCGGGGGGUAUAUUGUCUUUUUUUCAGGGGUUGAUAAAGAAAGACUAUUCUAUGAUAACCUAAUAACAAUGUACACUAAAGCUGGGGGCAGGGGUAGUAACGUAGUAAUUUAUUAUUCACUUCCUCAACAAACAUUACAAAUGUCUAUAAAGAAGUUAGAAGGGGAUGAGGGUAUCAGAGAGUUAUUAAGAGACUAUAAAGGUUGUAAUGUUAUAUCAAUUUACAUUGAAGAAAAAACAGGCCCUUUGUUGUCUAUAGAUGUUAGUGGUAAUGUCCUUCAUUGUGAAAAUUCUGUGCCACUGUUACAAUAUAAUGUUGAACAAACAGGGAAUGAGGAAGGGAUUGAGGGUGAAAAUGAGAGUGCGGGAUUUGUUUUUGAGGGAGUAGGGGUUGAGGAAGGGGCUGAGGGUGACAAUGAGAGAGUAGAGGGUGAAGAAGUAGGGGCUGAGGAAGGGGUUGAGGGUGAAAAUGAGGGUGUAGGAGUGGAGGAAGGGGCUGAGGGUGAAAAUGAGGGUGUAGGAGUGGAGGAUGUGGCUGAGGGUGACAAUGAGAGAGUAGAGGGUGAAAAAGUAGGGGUUGAGGAAGGGGCUGAGGGUGAUUAUGAGGGUGAAGGGGUUGAGGAUAGGGCUGAUGGUAACAAUGAGGGUGUAGAGGGUGAGGAAGUAGGGGUUGAGGAAGAGGUAGGAAAUGAUGAGUCAGAUUCUGAUUCAUCAUUAGUUUCUGAUUGCCCUUCAUGGAUGUUAGAGGAUUUAGAGGGUCCUUGGGAUGAUGAUAUUUUCACUACUAGGCUGAAAACUACACAAGAACAAUGCUAAAGACUCUAAGGUCUUUAAUGAGAGAAAGAAAGAAAAAAAAAAAGCAAGAGCAACAAAAUGAGAGGGGUGAAGGGACUAGUAGGGGAGAUGGACAGUGGUGUAUUGAUUGUGAGGAUGAAGAUUUUGGUAAUGAGGGAGAUGGGUGUCCAAUGUGGGAUGAGAUGAUGAAUAUGGGUGAAGUAGAUUUGACAGUAGGUAUGAAGUUUGAGACAAGAGUCAAAUUUAGGGAUGUGCUGAGGGAUUGGGCUGUGAGGAGGGGAUGGGAUUUGAAGUUGGUGAAAAAUGAAAAACACUUUAUAGUUGCAACUUGUAAAAAUGGGUGUAAUUGGAAGUUGAGGGCAUCUUCAAUCAUGAAAUCCACAACAUUUCAGAUAAAGCCUAUUAAGGGAGAACAUACCUAUGCACCUAAAGUUUAAAAUAAGCAAGCCAUUACAAGUACAUUGGUAAAGUAAUUGAAAAGUUUGUAAAAGACAAUCCAAAUGAGUCUCUUCAAUCAUUGAAGAACAAAGUCAUAAGAGAAUUGCAGAUUGACGUUUCAACUCAUAAAGUUUACAGAGCCAAAAAACAUGCUCUCAAAUUGGUAACAGGUGAUGUGAAAGAGCAGUAUGCAAGACUUUAUGACUACUGUCAUACAGUAGUCAAACAUAAUCCUGGGAGCUCUUUAAUAAUGAAGCUGAACAAAGAAGUGAAUCUACCUGUGUUACAGAGAAUGUAUUUUUGCUUGAGAGGCAUGAGAGAUGGUUUCAUUGAGGGGUGUAGACCAUUAAUUGGGUUGGAUGGGUGCUUUCUGAAGGGGUUAUUCAAAGGGCAGUUGUUGGCUGCUAUUGUGAGGGAUCCAAAUGACAAUAUUUAUCUAAUUGUUGUUCAUAUGUAGAGGUUGAGAAAUAUGAUAGUUGGGAGUGGUUUUUGAACCUUUUGCUUAGAGAUAUAGGGUCACAAAAUAAGAGGGGAUGGGCCUUCAUUUCAUGUAGACAGAAGGGGUUACUAGAGGCCAUUGCUGAACUGGCACCUGGGGCUGAACACAGAUUCUGUUUGAGGCACAUGUACAAUAAUUUUAAAGAAAAAUUUAAAGGGCAAAAAUUGAAAAAGAUGUUUUGGAAAGCUGCAGCAACUUACAGUGUUAACCAACACUUGAAAACAAUGGCUGAGAUUGAAAAAAUGUACCCAAAAAAAGAUGCUGAACAAACACCAUACGAAUGGUUGACUGAAAUACCUCCAGUACAUUGGGCAAGAUGUUUCUUCCCAACUAAGACAAAGUGUGAUGUACUUGUGAAUAACAUGAACGAAUCAUUCAAUCAUAUUAUCCUGGAGGCAAGGGAAUUACCAAUAAUUCAGAUGUUUGAAUGGAUAAGGAGGAAGUUCAUAGGAAGAAUUCAAGUGAAAAGAGAGGGGAUGGAAAAAUACGAGGGGGUUGUUUGUCCUAAUAUCAUGAAGAAAACUGAAGUGCAAAGGCUGGAGAGUAGAAACUGCUUUCCUUCUUGGGCAGGGAUAGACAAAUACGAGGUAAUGCAUUUUAUGCAAAACCACAUAGUUUACCUCAAGGAGAAGUUUUGCAGUUGUGGCAUGUUUCAGCUUGUGGCAUAUCCUUGUUGUCAUGCCAUUGCUGCAAUUGAUUAUCAUAGGCUGAAAGUGGAGGAUUUCAUUGAUGAAUGCUUCAAGAAGGAAGUGUAUUUAAAGGUGUACAGCCACAUGAUCCACCCAGUGCCAGGGAUGCAUGAUUUUGAAGAUUCAAAGAUGGGAAAAGUGGAUCCUCCUGAUGUAGUAAUCAAGAUGGGAAGGCCAAAAAAAUGUAGAAGGAAGGAUGCAAAUGAUGUGAGGAAAACAGAUUCAAGAAGAGGUCUUACCCACACUUGUGCAAUAUGUAUGAGAAAAGGGCACAAUAAAAGAAGUUGCACCAAUCCCCCACACCCCAAAUCCAAAUUCAUGCAGAAUCCCAACCAAAGCAGACAAAGAUCCAGCAAGUCACAUGGUGCAUCAGGAUCUAGAAGACCUAGUACCCCACUCCAUCCACCUUUUAAUGAGAAUGAGACAAUUCAAGAAGAGGUACCCCCAAUUUAUUCCCAACCAUCUCAAGAUUCCAUGCCCGAAAUUGCAGUUCAGCCCCCACUUCCAGUUCAGCCACCAAUUCCACUUCAGCCACCACCUCAAACAGCUCCAAGACAACCUUUUAAGAUUCCUAAACAGAGUAGCAGAACAACACCAGGUGAGACUAUCACUAGAGGAUUGAAUGUGCAUAAAUCAUCACAUGAACAGGUUGUUCAUUCAGAGCAAAUAACUCAACAACCUCUCCAACAAGAACAUCCACAAUCCUCAACAGCUUAUCAGCAAAAACCUAAAGCUCUUAGAAAGCACAAAAAGCCAAUAUCUUCUUCAACUAAAUUGCUUAAGAGACAACAACAAGAUGCUCCAGAUCAGUCCUCCCAAUUCAAGAGAAAAUAUUCUGCAGAGAGAAAUCCAUCUAUUUCUUCACUGAUCAAGAGUUUGGCCAACUCAUAUCGCCAGGACAAACCAAGAAAAAUAAUUAAAAUACUGAUGGAACAUCAAAGCCCACAGAAAAUGUAUGAGGUGCAAUUGUAGUUCAAUUUUUGUCUAUUUUGUGAUGUUUUAGUGAUGGAUUUUGCAAAACUGAUGGUUGCAAAUUAGAAUUUUUGGAUGUAUAGUUAUAAAUCAGGAUUAAAAUCUAGUUGUAUACAUGUUUCAGUGAAUGCACUUUGUCCAUUUUGAAGUGAAAUGAAAUUUA